CUCUGUACGGUAAAUUCAUCAUGUGACAAGAAGGUGGUGUUUUGUUUUCAAAAAUAAAAUUUAUCCAUCAAGGGAGCAAAAAGGAAACUGACCCACAGACCACAAUAUGAAAACAAGGCUGCACGUGACAGGAAUAACAUAGCAACAGGAAGAAUCAAUUCUUUACAGAUCUAGAUGGCUUCCACAACCCCAAAACAAACCCUGGAAAGAAGACCAGAUUAUAUUCUGGUGGAGCCAUCAGCUUUAGAUGACCUUAAAUCACCACUGCGAGGGUCCGCCAGAUUAAAGUAUACCUGCUUCGACAUAUCAAGUCGAUACAUUGCUGUGGGGAGUAACACUGGAUCUGUGUACAUCUUUGACAAAAUCAGUUUGCGUCAUCUCCAAGUUGUUUUCACUGAAGUUGAACCUUCAUCAGUCAACAAUGUGAAGCUCUGCUCCAACAACAAGACGGUGGCAUUUUCCUUGUUAAAUGGCCAUGUUCAAGUGAUGGAGCUGAAUAUUGACAAAAGACAGAAACCUGACAGGUUGCGAUCUGUUAACAAUCACAUGCAUCAGAUUGUGAGUUGUAUUCAGUGGAGUGCCGGAGGACAGAAGCUGUACACAGCUGACAACGCAGGCAAUGUGGUUGUCUCCAUCAUUCCCACCUCAAAGAUGAAGAACUUGGUCCUGGCUCCUAUAGAAGUCAUCCUUACUCUGUCAGUACCAGUGAUUCAGCUUGAUCUCCACCAAGACAAACUCCUAGUGUCCACUCGCACAGAAUGUUUCUUCUGUAACACAGCCAAGCAAAACUAUCUCCAGAUAGGAACAAAACCAAGGGAUGGUUUGUUUGGAGGAUGUUUCUUGCAAGGUGCCAGCACCUCUCCCAUAAUCUAUUGUGCCAGACCAGGAUCUCGAUUGUGGGAAGUGGAUAUGGAGGGUAAUGUCCAACACACCCAUCAGUUCAAACAGCUUCUAGCAAUUCCUCCUGUACGGGUGCUGUCAGUCAGCAGAGAUGUUAGCUGGAUGAGUGAAGAUAAAGAGUUUUCUCCAUUGGGAAUUAAUUUUCCUGUUUUGAAAUCGUUGAAUGAAAAAUUUAUUCUGACUUGGAACAAAAAAAAGUUGUUUAUACUUGAUCCCCUUCAAGAUCAACCGAAGGUUACACUGUGGACAGAAUUUCAAACAGAGAUAUCAGAAGCCUGUGUCCAUGGAUCAGAGCUGUACAUAUUUUUUGUGUCCGGAGAAAUGCGUAAGACGAUCUUGCUGUCAGCUUCCCAAGCUGUAUCUCUGUUGGUCAGUCGUAAACUUUGGACCCUUGCUACCCAGGUGUGUGGAACAUUUAGUCAGUCCAUCAUCGCUAAUCACAACCACAAACAGCUGUCCAGAAGCACACUGAAAGACCUCAUGCACAACAUACAAAAUGGCUGCCUGUCAGAAUAUGAAGGAAAAAUUGUUGAGGUCUUUGAAAAAUUUUCAGCAGAAGUUGCAUCCAGUUCAGAAACGGAUGGAUCAGAGUUCAGUAGGAGCCGCUCCAGUUCAGGAGCUUCCAUUAUACGUCUUGAUUCUGGAAUCUAUCAGAUUAAGAAUUCCAAAAGUUCUGCUUCACUGGAUUCCUGGAAUGAAACUGGAUCUCAGGAUGAAUUGGAUUCUGGUAUAUCGUCCCCAGCUAAACUACCAUCUGCUGCAACUGAAAUUGUGGUGUCUGUUUUGGAUGAAGUUGAAUCUGAAAUAGAUUUCAACUCUAAUGUUAGAUUAAAACCAAAUCAAGAUGGAGCUAUAAGAAAUAAUGAAAGUAAAGAAGACCAAGGCCUGAAAAACGGUGAUGUUGUUUUAAAUGGAGUGUUAAACUCAGAUGAUUCCUCACUGAGUAAAAGUGUUGAUCUGUUGCCAGUCAGUAUGCAGUUAGAUUCUGGAGAACAUUGUACAUCAGACAAAGAAAAGAUCAACCAUCUGAUCCACUCAGAUGAUAUAUUUGCUGAUGAUGAAAUUCUUGUGCCAAGAGGGCCCAGUAAACUUCCAAAGAAGAAACUCGAAUCAAGGCAUCAUUCUAAUGCUGACUCUUCUCAGAACAAUUCCACGCCCACUGUAGACAUUGUUAUCAAUGCUGAAGUGUCAAAAGGACAAAUAAAGGAGGAGUUUGAUGUAGUUCCUGUACAAGAUCAAGAUAUUACCCCACUUAUUGUGGCAAAGUCUGAUUCUGAGGGUCAUCACAAGGUUAGCACUCGGAAGAAAGCAGUUAACGUCAACAUUGAUGGAGACAAAAAGAGUAAAUCAGGAAAACCACGCAGAAGGCAAUCUAGAAGUAAACUUAAGGAGUCAGACUCAGGUCUCACAAGUCCUAUAUCAUCAAAUGCUUCAUCUGAUGUUAUUUCAAUAUCAUCGCCUGGUGAACAAUCAGAUAACAUUCCAGUAGCCCAAUCAAAAUCUUCCACUCUUCAAAGAACUGAAAGCUGUCCACCAGUGCUGGAGGGAACUGGUUUGCUGCGGUCUUCAUCUACUCCCGAAUUACAAUCACCCUCCCAGUCUCCACUCAGUCAGUCCUGGGAAGAGCCUCAGGAAGGCAGUAGAAGGACCUUGACCUCUGUCAAAGACAGUUUGCAGUCCAAGUUGGCAAACACAAAGAUGAUGAUUCUAAAAACAAUUAAGGAGAAGAAAAUGAUUUCAUCAUCACCAAAGAAUACAGAACUUCCAUCAUCUGUACCUCAGGUAACACCAAACAUUCCAGAAGAACAAGAAUCACAACAAGACAUUCCCAUCCCAGAACCAGAGUCCUCUAUAGUGGACCUCAGUGAGUUCAUCCAGAAGACAGUUAAAACUCGGUCAGCACUGCAGGACCUCGCUAUCGUGCUCAAUCCAGAUGUACUGUGUCAGACACUGUCUGAUUGGUUGACUGAAUUGAAUAUCAUCAUGAAAAAAUUGAAUACCUCAAAGUAUUUAAAGAUAUUGCAGAGUAAACAUUCUAAGAGAUGCAGAAGACAACAACAGGUUGUUUCAAAUGGAGAACCGGAAUGUGAUACAAGCGAGCUUGACGUAAAUGUUGUUGAUAACCAAAACAAAAAAGACAGAGAUGAUGUGAGCACUGAGACUGAACAGUCAGACCCUACAUUAAUGAUGGAUGAUAAGGUCGAAUUUAGUGGCGGAGAAUUUUGUAACGUCGAGGAUCCUUGUACCUUUUCAAGAGAAAUGCUUGUCACCAUAAAAGACUUGGCUACUAAGUGUUUCAACUCCAAAUGUUUUCACAAUAUUGUAGCUAAUGUUCAACCAGAUGUGGGUGCUGUGUUGUCAAGUGAUAUUUGUCCACUGUGCUUUCAGAAUGCUGAAACUGGGGUUUCAGAUGGAACUUCAGUUUGCAGAUCUACUACAUUGAGUGAGGAAAACAAAGGAACAAAAUUUGACAACCAGCUCAGUGAAACAGAGAAGGGCAUUACAUUUACUGUAACUAUUUCAAAUGUGUCCAAAAGUGAUCUAGAAAAUCCACACAGAGGAAAAUCUGUCUCAAACACUGAACAAAGUAAUGCAGAGAAAAAUCACAUUGAUGCCCCACCAUUGGAAUCCUUUGAUAGAUGUCACGAUGAACUGUGCACAGUGAUAACAGGCACUGACAAUGAUCUGUCUACCUUUGUUCGGUCAUAUUUCUUUUUACUGGACAAUAAUGAUCUCAUGCAACACGUGUAUUCAAGGGAAAGCACUCUGUCAGAGGAUGAGAAGUUGCAAGUUUGGAAAGCCUGGAUACAGAGUCUACAAGUUAAGUAUAAAGAUGACAACGUAUUGCUUUCAUUGGAUCAGAAGAGUAGAAAGGAGUGUAUCAGUUUGUUGGAGUUGACCAAACAUGACCAUCAAAGAACUUUGCUAUACGUUUACAUAUUGUUCAAGAACUUUCCUUCUGAAGUUGUUGAAUUUUGUACAACCUGUGAUACUAUCCAGCCUAUGGACAUUGUGAAUCUUUGUCAUCACUAUCAUCAGAAGGAGGCAGGCUUUCUGGACCAAUUCAUGUGUGGAAAAUAUAGGGAACUUUUGUCUUCUGAAAGGUUGCCUGAAAGUAAUUUAAUUGUGGAAGAGAGAAUUGUGUACAUUUGGCUACAGACAUUAUUGGAAAAGACUGAAGGCUGUAAACAAUUAAAAGAUGAAUAUGACAAUCCCUGGUUAUUCAGUCACAAAGUGUCUUGGAAGGAUGAAGAAAAGAUUAACUACAUUCUCCAGAAUGCAACAGCAGAACAAGGAAAAUACUGUUUGGAAAUUUGUAGAAAAGCAGGCUACUGGAAUGGCUGUCUAUUGAUGAUGAAAAAACAUCACCAGUGGAAAGAAAUGGUUACCCUGAUACUCUCGGUGGGAGAUCUGCAACUUAUUCAUGAGAUGGAACUGCUUCCAGAAACAGUGGAACAGUGGAGGUCCUUCAUGGAACUCUUUCAGUCAUACUAUAACAUGCACCAUAAACUUCAUCACUCUUUUGUUCACCAAAAUCGCCCGACAACACUAGCAGCCAGUCCCAAUAAUCAGCUGGCAACAUCAGUGACUAAUCCCAGUAAUCAGCUGGCAACAUCAGCAGCUAAUCCCAGUUUAGAAUCAAAUGAGGCCCAGGGAGGUAAUCAUUCAGUCCCAGAACAGGUGCUGAAUGAAAUUUUAGACAGCCAAGGCAUGUGUGAUCAAACUUGUGUGACUAGCAUUAGUGUGGAUAGUAAAGUACUCGUUCAAAAUGGACAGAAAUCCAGCGAUAUCAAUGAAGUGUCCUGUAAUGUAAGCUGUGAUGGCCAGUGUAUUUCCUGGAGUGAUAUUGCCUCCCUGAUGCUUCAGUAUAUGGAUGUGUCGGUCUGUGUGAUGAUGCUGUGUGAGAUGGACAUCCCCGAGGGUGGCAUGGAUGGGUCUCUGUAUCAAUCCAGUAUCACCAUGGCACUGAAACACAGACAGCAAAAAAAUGUGAUGCACAAUCUUUUGGAAAAGGUAGACUCAUACCUGUGGGCCAAAAAACCUAAUACACUUAUGCCUGAGUUGCAGUUUGCAAUUUCUGUGGAAAGAAAAUCAAAAGGAUUCUCAAAGGAGAGAACUACAGACCAACUGAUGGCACUGCUGUCCGAGAAGCCAGUAGCUGGAAGACGAUACAAUGAAGACUCAGAGUGUCACUGGGGAAUAUCCACAAACACACUCAAGUGCUGUCGUGUCUGUAAUGUGACUCUGACGGAGAGUGUGUCCCACGUAGAGCCAGGACUUCUGGUAUUUGAAUGUGGUCAUGGAUUUCACAAGUAUUGCUGUCAAGGAAGAGUGUGCCUGCUGUGUUCAUAAUCUCCUCAACCAUUUUAAAUUCUAUAGGCAUUCUAGAAAUUCGCAAGAUUCAGACAUCCUCAGUACAUAUGUCCAUGUACCAUAUUGUUUCAUGUGUCCAGAAUUAUUCACGUCAAACUGGCAUUUGAGAUGUUAGUGACUUGUUUUAAAUUCUAAUUGCCGGUGCUUUACAUGGGAGUCAUUCUGCUUAUCUAUACAUGUACAAUACCUGUUCUUGGACAUGCUCAUCUUAGUUUUCUGUUGCUUUGAUUUUCAGAUUUUCCCUUAUUGUUUCUUUGUUUCCUUCUCUUUUAUGUGCAAUAACACUGUUAUAAUUUUCUGUGAAGGAAUACCUAAGAUAGGUUUUUUCCCCUCCAUAUAUGUAUGUCAUGUAUUUUACUUACAGUGAAAGAUGUCAGAUAGUCAUACAGAAAUUUUUUUUCCAUGUGCAUUUUAAACACAUCUUUAAUAACAAUCAUGUUCAUUUUGUGUUCAGAAUGGAUACCUGUAUUUUAUAGAGCUGAAAUACAGUUGUUGUAUACACUUAGGGCAUUUUUUUAAAAAAAAAUCUAACAUUUGCAGAAAUUUCAGAUGUAAAAUACCUUCAUAUUUACGAUAGAAUUUACCUCUAUAAAUGUGAAACAGGAAGUUCUGGUACUUGCACUACAGUCAAAAAGCAAGGUUCUUAAUAUUUUUUCCAUUUUUGUCUUCCAAUUAUUCAUAUAAUGAAACAUAUCACUAACAUAUACCAAUUGUUAUGAACAAUUUUAAAGAUACUCAAUACACCGAUUUUUAAAUGUGUUAUAUUCUGUGCUUAUUGAUUUUUGAUGUCACAUUUAUUAUGAUCAUUAAACAUAUUAAGUUAUA